AUGGUUAAUUAUGCAAACGUAGUUUCUAUAGGAUUGGCAAUGAUUAGCAUCAUGCUUAUAGGCUAUAUGUGCGGUAAAUUCAAAAUCAUGACAAAAGAAGGCGCUGCAGUCUUAAAUCGUUAUGUAUAUCGUGUUUGUUUUCUUCCUGUUCUUGCACGCAUGCUUGCAAGCAAGAAAUUCAAGGAAAUAAAUUUCUAUCCUCUAGCUGUAGCCACUUUAGUUGCUGUUUGCGUCAUAUUAAUGCUAACAAUCAUUUUCGUACUACCAGUCAAAGAUAAACUUAACACGUACAUUACAUGCUUGAUGCCAGUAUGCUACAUUAACUAUGUUAUCUCAGGAAUUCCAAUUUUCCAAACAAUUUGGGAUCCAAACGAGUCAAGUGUAGUUUCCAUCAUGACUCUUGCAAACGACCUACUUACAAAUCCAACAUACAUCACUCUCAGCGCAAUUUGGUCAAUUGGAUUCGAAAAUCAAGAAAGACUCCAAAAUGGUGAAAUACCAAAAAAAUUCGGUUGGCCAGAAGUUAAAAACGUUCUAAUUCGCAUUGUUACCUCUCCAAUUCUACUUGGAAACGCUGCAGGUUUAAUUUACUCUGCAACUGGUCUUCCAAUGCCAACAUUCGUUGCAGAGUUCUUAAAAUUGGGUGGUGAUGUUGUGCUUCCAAUGUCUUUGUUCUGUUUUGGAGUAUUUCUUUCCCAUCAUACACUUGUUGCUUGCGGAUGGAUAAAAUUCAUCUCCUGCCUUGCAAUAAGACAUCUAAUAUCACCUGCAUGGGCUGUACUUUGGUGCUACGUUUUGAAAUUACCAGGAAAAUUAUCAAGGCAAUGCGUUAUAAUGACAGCACAACCAACAGCAGCAGUAGCUUAUUUACUUGCUGAAUCGACAGGUUUGGGCCAAGGAAUUGCUUCAACCAUGGUUUUCUGGACGACCAUCAUUUGCAUCCCUGCUAUAUUGUUUUGGCUAUGGCUAUUCGAUAUAACAGGACUUUUCAAAGAAUAA